UUGAGCCUGGAAGCAAAUGUGAGGACUGGUGUAUCCCCCCACCCCCCCACUAACUUCGGCUCCCCCUUUCACCUUCCAGCCUACGAAGACAAGCAGAAGCAGAAGCGCAGCGCAAUUGCUGACCGCCCCUGGUUCUCAUCGCCUCCGGCCUCCGGCACCAAAUCUAACGACACCCUGAGAAAGCUGGGCCUGUCUGGGAAAUCCCCGGCCGGCAAGUCACCCAUAGAUAUGACAAGCCUUGGAGUCCUGCGUCGGAAAUCCCGAGACGGGCCUGGAGCUUCCACGGAAGAGGUGGCGGCGGAGGACCGACAGGGCCGGGACAGCGCGCCCCUUGACGCCCCAGCGGUGGCAGACGGCGGCUCCCAAACAGCCGAAGGAAAUGCUUCGUGCAGUUCGGCCGCCUCGCUAGUUGCAGAUUAUUCAGACUCUUCGUCCGAUGCCGAUGCUGAACUGUGAGCUGCGGAGUCCGGCGGCUCUUCUUCAGAGGUGACUGGAACAGGUGUUCCAGUGGCUGCGUCUUCUGAAGCGGUGAGAGGCUCUCCUGUUGGCAGCUGCAGGGCUGGCCAGCUGGAUGCCUGAAUAAAAGACUCUCUCUGUGUGGAGGCACACACAUGUACAAAUAUGUUCUUGAGAGAUACCGUCUGUUCCUUUUCCUUGAGCGGUUUGUGCCUCUGGGGCUGCCAUUGAAGCAGGACCCCUUCCGUGCUUUCUCUGGUGCCAGAAUCCCUCCUUGCUGAGAAUCCGAGAGCUUCGCACACAGAGCCCACCCCGCCGCACAAAGCCACAGGUCUGAGUUUGCAGGGGGAAGGGAGAACCAAAGCCAAGGGAUUCUGUAACCUGAGUUGUUUGCUGCAAGAUGUUAGACCUUCCCUAAUAACGAGAAAGGCCAGAUUUUGCUGCGUGGAGAGGGGUACGUAGAUUUGCACGGGCGGCUGGUGAAAUGCCCACUCCAUGUUUGUCCACCAGGUCACGGAACAUCUGAAGGCCAGGCACGCAUGAGAGAGAAAGCAAGAUCCUGACCCCCUCCCGAGUUGUCCUGUACUGCCUAGGUUUUUUAAAACUUUGCCCGCUUGGUAACCUGUUCUGUCGUUCAGGAAGGAUUAUUAGUUUUCAUGCUGUUUUGCAGUUUUGUUAAUCAGGGAAGGAAGGCUGGGAUUUGUGGGCAAUUGGGAGGGGGUGCAACUCUACAGUGUAGAGUCUCUACUGAUUGCGGAGGCACCCCCCCCCCCAGUUAAUGCCUUAUAUGAUACUAUAAUGCCCUAUACUAGGAUGCCAUGAGUCUGAAGGAGUUGGUUACAGAUUAUUGCUUUCAUUUAAGCAAAAAGCUCCUGUCUUUUCUGGCUGUGAAGAUCUGAAUGGAAGUGUGUAAGCAAAACAUGCUGGAGCUGCAGAAGCCAGUGGGGUGGGCGGGCAGGGCUUAAGUGCCCCCCCCUCCAAGAUCUUCCCCUCUCCAUGAGCAGCAGAGCUGUUUGUUUGCUGUUGCCCCCCAAGCCGUUCCAGCAAUUUAGAACGGAGCCAGAGCAAAUGCCAGAACUGUCCUGCGGAUGGGAGACUGUCCUUGAUGGGAACUGAAGGGUUCGGCUGUUCUUUGGGCCAGUUUAAGGCGGACAAGAGCAGGGCUAAGAAACGGGAUGGGAAACUUGCGGGCCCCUCCCUCAGCCUGAUACAUGACAGGCACGUCAUCAACAUGGCAGAACAAACAUUGAACCGUUGCUCAUUCAGAAUCACAGGUGGCAGAAUUCAGUUUCCCACGAGGCAGAAUGUGGAUUGCCCAGAUGUGGAAUUAUUCUUUCAGCGUGGAAUAAACGCAACCCUGGUUCUACCACGA